UCUGUGUUUGUGGCAGGGGCCACGGCAUUGGGCAUGGAGGUCAUGGCUCCCACCACCAUCAGUGCCUUGAACGGCUCCUCCGUGAAGCUCUCCUGCACCUUCAACUCCUGCUACAAGGUGGAGAACAAGCAGUUUUCCCUCAACUGGACGUACCAGGAGUGCGGGAACUGCUCUGAGGAGCUGUUCCUGCAGUUCCGGAUGAAGAUCAUGAACAAGCAGCUGGACCGCUUUGGGAACCGGGUGGAGUUCACCGGGAACCCCACCAAGUACGAUGUGUCCUUCACCCUCAAAAACGUGCAGCUGGAGGACGAGGGCACCUACAAUUGCUAUGUCCUGAACCCCCCGGACCGGCACCGGGGCCAUGCCAGCAUCAGCCUGAAGGUGCUCACAAAAGAGCCCCCGAAGCACGAUUCGACAGUGGCUGUCAUCGUGGGCGCCUCUGUAGGUGGCUUCUUGGCCGUGGUGAUCCUGGUGCUGAUGGUGGUGAAAUGCGUGCGCCGGAAAAAGCAGCAGAGGCUGAACACGGACGACCAGAAGACAGAGGAGGAGGGGAAGACGGACGGCGAAGGCAACCCGGACGAGGGCACCAAGUAACGCCCCCCUGCCCGCCCCUCCCU